AUGAGUACUGCAUUCUUAGGUAAUACGGUGGUAUGGGGAAACCCCACCUGUGGUGGUCCUCAUUUACUACAACUCGCGACCGGCGAUAAUUCAACGGCUGCCGUCGAAGCAGGACUGAAAGCUAUUCUGGAAUCUCAUACAGGUUUCUUCUUGGGUCCAGUAAUGAUAGGGUUUGUAGCUGAUUUCGUCCUCUUCGGCGUAAUGCUCACCCAAUUGCAUGAUGUGCUUUAUUUGGAACUAUCGCUUCGAUAUUUAAUUUGGCAUACGUUCAUCAUGUCUUCGUCAACAAUUUCGGUACCUAUCGAACGUUUGCCAGCGCAGACUGGAGUUCAUGGCUGGGUAUCAUUGCACCGCUGA